AUGGACAUGCUGCCCGAGCCGGCCAUGACAGGGCUGCCGCCCGGCCGUACCUAUGGCGGCAACCGGGCUUUUCACAAUUAUGCCAACGACUACUCGCACAUUUCGGACCCGAACCUGCGGCGGCGCCUCGCGCUCUCGGAAAUCGACAAGGUGCCCCUCGGCCUGUACCACGUGCGCGCCGUGGCGGUGGCCGGCGUCGGCUUCUUCCUCGACUCGUACGACAUCUUUGCCAUCAGCAUGGUCACGAACCUCUGGGGCCUCGUGUUUUGGGGCGGCGGCGACGCCACGGCAUCGGCGCUCGUGGCCGAAACGGCCGCCGCGUACGGCUACGGCAACAACCACGGCUCGCUGCCGGACCCCGUCAACCAGGCCGUCAAGGCGUCGACGAGCGCAGGCAUCAUCGUCGGCCAGCUGGUGUUUGGCUGGCUGGCCGACGUCCUGGGCCGCCGGCGCGUCUACGGCAUCGAGCUGGCCGUGAUUGUGCUGGCCACGCUCGGCUGUGCGCUCGCCAGCCCCAGCCCGGCCAUGAGCUCGACGGGCCUGCUGGUGUUCUGGCGCGUCGUCAUGGGCGUCGGCAUCGGCGGCGACUACCCGCUGUCGUCCGUCAUCACCUCCGAGUUUGCGCCGACGCGGUGGCGCGGCGCCAUGGUGGCGUCCGUGUUUUCGAUGCAGGGCUUCGGGCAGCUGCUGAGCGCCAUUGUGGCGCUGGUGGUGACGGCGGCGUUCCGGUCCGAGUUUGUCGGCGUCGCGAAUGCCGCCCAGUGCGGCGUGGGCUGCCGCGCGGCCGCCGACCGGUGCUGGCGCAUCAUCAUCGGCUUCGGCGCGCUGCCGGCGUGCUUUGCGCUCUACUACCGCAUCACCAUCCCCGAGACGCCGCGCUACACGUUUGACGUGGCGCACGACGUCGAAAAGGCCGAUGCCGACAUCCGCGCCUACAUGGCCAGGGAGCGCGAGGGCACCGUCGACCCCGUGGUGCAGGCGCGGCUGAAGCGCGUCGCCGGGCCUGCGCUGUCGUCGGGUCCGUCGGCCACCGUGCCGCACGCCUCGUGGGCCGACCUGCGCGCCUACUUUUGGGGCCGGGGCAACCUGGGCCAUCUGCGCGUGCUGCUGGGCACCAUGCUGUCGUGGUUCUUUCUCGACCUGGCCUACUACGGGCUGGCUCUCAACAACUCUGUUGUGCUCGAGGCCAUUGGCUACUCCAAGGGUGCCAAUCUGUAUGCGGUGCUCUACAACAACGCCGUUGGCACCAUCAUCCUGGCGUGCGCCGGCAGCCUGCCCGGCUACUGGACGGCUGUGCUGACCAUCGACACCAUUGGCCGCAAACCGCUGCAGGUCGGCGGCUUCCUGAUCUUGACUGUGCUCUUCUGCGUCAUGGGCUUCGCGUUCCACCGGCUCAGCGAGACCGCCAUGCUCGCCCUCUACGUCGUCGCGCAGUUCUUCUUCAACUGGGGCCCCAACACGACCACCUUUGUCAUUCCCGGCGAGUGCUUCCCGACGCGCUACCGCUCCACCGCCCACGGCAUCUCGGCGGCCAUGGGCAAGAUCGGCGCCAUCCUCGCGCAGGUCAUCAGCAUUCCCAUCCUCAGCCGCGACGCGCCGCCCAACUGCACCAUGAGCGGCGGCAGCCCGACCUCCAAGAGCUGCUCGCCCUGGCUCAACCGCCUCAUGCAGAUCUUUGCCCUCUUUAUGCUGUGCGGCACGAUCGUCUCGCUGUUCUGCAUCCCCGAGACCAAGGGCGUCACCCUCGAGGAGCUGUCCGGCGAGGCGCCCACGUCCUAUAAUGCCGGCCGCAACGGCAGCAUCGGCGGCGGCGGCAGCGGCGGCGGUGGCGGUGGCGGCGCUCGACGGCGCAGACGCCAUCGCAAUGCUGCCGCCGAUGAUGAUAUCAACAACAACAACAACAACAACAACAACAACAACAACAACAACAACAACAACAACAACAACAGUGGUGGCGGUGCCACGGCCUCUUCGUCGUCCUCCCUGGCCAAGGCCUUCCAAGAACCCCUGGACUGGAACCCCUUUGCGGGCGGUCAGCCGGCUGGCUUCUUGUAUCCACGCAUGGGUGCUCGCAAGUACCGCCGUCGGCGCAUCUUUGGCCGCGUCCUCGGCGGCGGCGGCGUAGGCGGCCGCGGUUCGUCGCGCGGCGGGUCGGGUGCCCGCAUGCGCGGCGACGACUAUAUAAACGACGGCGACGACGCCCGCAUCGACAUUAUGACCAGUCCCGAACUGGCUGCCCAGCGCGAAGCCGCGCGCAACAACAAGGGCGGCAGCAGCAAAAAGGGCGCCGGUGGUUUGUCGGCUGCCGCUGCCGCCGCCGCCGCCGCCAACAUCGGCCACUCCGCGCCGUCCCGUUCGCACAGCGGCCGUCACCUCCUCAGCCGCGGCGGCGCCUCCAGCAGCAACCGCAACCGCGACCACGACCGCGACUCGGACACAUCCGCAGCCACGGCGACGACAUACACCAACAACGCGAACAACACGGCCGGCUACGGUGGCGGCGGCACCACCAACUACGGCAGCAGCCUCGACGACAGCGGCGAGCCCGGCGACCGCCCGAGCCGCCGGAUGGUCCAUCCGCUGCACCCGGCCUUUUCCACCGGCCACGGCGGCAGGCUGCCCGGCGACGACGGCGAAAUCGCCAUGGGCGGCCUGGCGCAUCCGCCACGAACGGCCGCGCAUCAGCGGUACCCGCGCGGCACCACCAACAGCGACGGCUUCUCGUCGGAUGGCGAGGGCCCUUCGCAUCUUGGCCACGGCGGAAUCGGUGUCUUUCCCGGCUGGGGCGCCGGCUGGGGCCGUAUCGACCGCUCCAAUAUUGGCCAGGCGACGGCCAACAACACCCUCGACGACAUCCGACUGAGUGAUGUUGGCCAGCUGCUGCGGUAG